AUGCCGUGGCUGUGGCGCUUCACAGAUGACGACCUGGGAGACUUGGACCCUUUCUCCAGCAAUGGCAAAAGGCAGACCGAAGGGAAGUCGGUCAAAGCGCAGGUUUUUGAGCGGGAGCUUUUAUGCCUAGAUGCGGUGAACGAACCGUCUGCUGUAAAAACUGCAUAUCGCACUCCCGUCUUUCUAGGGCACGGUGAUGCAGAUGAAAAAGUCCCCGUUCGUCUGGGCGAGACCGCUGCCGCUGUUAUGCGCUCUGCCGGAUACAAGGUCCACUGGAAAAGCUAUCAGAAACAAGGGCAUUGGUAUAAAAUCCCGGACGAAAUUGACGACAUGAUCUGGUUUAUUGCUCAGGUUGGAUGGAAGACAGCUGGGAGAAGUCAGUAG